AUGAAGGAUAUUUUCACUACAUUUUCUCCAUCUGUGGACGUCAACUCUUUUCCCUUUUCGAGCUUCAAGGCCAUCAAUAAGCUCGGCACCAAUGCUACUCCUGCUGUAACGACAGACACUCGUUCCAUCAGUGAGAUCAUACAAUCGCGUGUGACGCUCGACAAAUCUCAUCCUGAUUCCGAGAACCCUUUCUUUGUAGCUGAUCUUGGUGAUGUUGUUCGUCAGCACCAGCAAUGGAAAGCUCUGCUUCCACGCGUUGAGCCGUUUUAUGCCAUUAAAUGUAAUCCUGAUCCGGCUAUUUUGCAGACUCUUGCAGGUCUUGGCACUGGUUUUGAUUGUGCUAGUAAAGCUGAAAUUGACAUGGUCCUUGAGCAAGGAGUUGAUCCUUCUCGUAUUAUUUACGCCAAUCCGUGCAAACAAGCCUCUCAUAUUCGUCACGCCGGUGCUUGUAAUGUCAAAGUCAUGACUUUUGACAAUGCUGAUGAGCUAUACAAAAUUAAACAGGCCAUGCCUAGUGCCAAAAUGGUUUUGCGUAUUCUUACCGAUGAUUCUCGCUCAGUGUGUCGUUUUGGUAUCAAGUUUGGUGCUUCACUUGCUGCUGUUCCAUCUCUGUUGCGUACUGCUCGCGAGCUUGACAUUGAUGUGAUUGGUAUCAGUUUCCACGUUGGAAGUGGUUGUUACGACGCUUCUGCUUUCAGUGAAGCAGUUCUUUUGGCACGCAAAGCAUUUGAUAUUGGUCAAGCUCUUGACUUUAAUUUCACUUUGCUCGAUAUUGGAGGUGGGUUUCCAGGUCGUUCUACUGAAGGAAUCCAGUUUACUGACGUGGCUCGCCUUCUACGUCCCGUCAUUGAUGACAACUUUCCCGAGACUGUCCGCGUCAUUGCUGAACCUGGCCGCUACUUUGCGUCUUCUGCAUUUACUCUUGCGGUAAAUAUUUUUGCUCGCCGUGUGGUGCUCCGCGAUACCAUUGAAAGCACUACAGCAUCAAGUGAAUUUGGAAAAGAUAGUCCCACUACAGUGUCGAGCCAACUCUCUCUCGACUCGGAGUGCAAUCCCACCAAUGCUAACGAGCACCCGUCAUACAUGUACUAUAUCAAUGAUGGCAUGUAUGGCAGUUUCAACUGUCUGACUUUUGAUCAUGCAGUGGUCAAGGCCAUUCCGCUUGUUCGUCAAGGAGAAUAUCUUUUUGAUUCACCCGAAGUGUCCGAUUCAAUGCCACAGUUUUCAUGCAGCAUCUGGGGACCUACUUGCGACUCGAUUGAUUGUAUUGGUCGCGAAUGCCUUCUCCCAAUGAUGAAAAUUGGCGAUUGGCUCUACUUUUCAAACAUGGGUGCGUAUACAAUGGCUGCAGCGUCGGCCUUUAACGGAUUUGAAAAGAGCACUGUUCUUUACACCACCACCAAUUAAAACAGUGACAACUUUGAUAUUUGGAAUUCAUUUUUGGGUUAUUACUAGUUGCUGAUUCGUUUCGAGGUAUUCAUUUUGCAACAGUUGGAAUACCUCAAAGUCGAUGGUUUAAACUUGAUAUACGAUUUAUUCUUAAUAAACCUGAACAAUUGAAUAAAAAUAAAUGCGAUGAUUUCAAAU